GUUAGGCACCGCGUCAGAAAGGCAGCGCCAUGGCUAUUUCUGUGGCUACUCGCGUUCGCUUGUUCUACGCAUCCUCCUUGGUUCUACGUAGGUCGUGGUUCUACCGUUCUACCUGUGGUUCUACCAUUUACGAUCAUGACUGCGGAUCGUGACGAAUAUGGUCGAAUUCAAUGUCGUAUGUGUUGAUCGGAGAGCCCAGCCUUGGAUUCCUGCCCACGCCAAAUCAAGAGGUCACCUUUCUCAAGUCUGGUUCUCGGCAGUCUCCUCAGGCAUCACCCAUAUGUGGUGUUCCUCUCUCCGAAGAUUUUUACAUCUGUUUGCAGCAUGAUGAUAAUGACCCAUUGGCUGAAUUGCUCAUCCCUGAUGUGGGUGCUGUCGAAGAGUGCAGCGCAGAUGGCGAUACAGCAGCUUUGAAAGUCUCCACAGCUCUGUGCCAGGAUGUAGUGGAUUCUCAAGGUGGCAGCCAUUGCGGAGCUCUGGAGGCAACGGUCCACUCUACCAAUGUCAGUGCUGAAUCGGGCGCUGAACCAUACAGGAAAGUAGCAAGUGUGCUGAAGGAGCGUGUCUACUCGCUUGGAAAGAAGGGCAUCUUGCUAGAGAGGCAAGCAAAGUAUGCAUGUCACCUUUGCCCAUACAUGACGAGGAACAAGAGCAGCAUGAUCAGCCACAGGUUUCAGCACAAAGGCAUCCAAAAGCACAAGUGCAACAUCUGCGACCGCAGCUUCCAGCGGCGCUCAACAUUGGUGUACCACCUGCGCACGCACACGGGAGAGCGUCCAUACUGCUGUAGCAUGUGCCCGCGCGCCUAUUCCUGCAAGUUCUCCCUGACCGUACACGAGCGCACGCAUACGGUGCCUGCCAAACGUCGUCGUCGUCGAUGGCGCAAAGUGACACCACAGCAGUCUUUUGAGACAUCGGCCAAUUGUCGCUUCGUUUCAUCUGGCAACGUCUAUCUUUACACCAAUCCUGGAAAACAAAAGAUGCCAACCAUAUCAAAAACUGCGCCAGUAGAGUGCACUGUUGACGACGUUACAGGGAAAGCGAAUACUUGUGUACUCGUUACUGAUGCUGCACACCAGGGCACGGUGAAUAGCUCGGCGAGUGGUGGCGAGUCAACCACAGCUCUGACUGCUUUCGACGAGUGCAACAUUGCUGGGGCAGUGGGACCAGAACAAGUUUAUGUUCUAGCCAGCGACUUUUCACCGUUGGAUCUGGCAACUGGUUCGGAGACAAGUGCUGAGUUAACCACAGCUUUGACCGACUGUGCUGAAUACAACAUAGCUGGCACUAUGGGUGAAAUGCAAACUUAUGUUCUAGUUACUGACGCGGUGCCCAAGGGUGCAGUGACAGGUUUAGUGACUGAAGCCGAAUCAACGACAGCUGCAACUGGCUCUGCUGCUUUGAAUGUAGUCGGCACUAAAGGCACAGAGCAAGUGUACAUACUAGCAGGUGAAUCUUUGCUCAAGAAAUCAUACGCUGGCUUAGCAACCCUCCCUGAGCCAACCACGUCUUCGCCUGUUUUUGCCGACUGCAAUGAGGGCAGCGCUACUGGAGCAGAGCAAACCUAUGUACUAGUAACUGAGCCCAUGCCUCGCAGUGCAUUGCCUUGCAUCGAAGCAACAGCAAGCUCGCGGACCGUCGGCAAGUCCAACUUACUCGACGCUACGAGUGGAGAGCAAGCCUAUGUCCAUGAAUCUCUGGCAGGUUGUGAAGCAGCUCGCUCGGUGAGAAAUGCCGAAUCAGUGGCGUCCUCGGCUGCUAGUCCUGACGCAUUAUUCGACGCUGCGGAAGUGGAAGAAGCGCUUGCAGCAGUUGUUAAGCGCGCGUCUGAACGUUGCAAAGCCGAUCCAGGAACUAGUGGCGAACCGUCGGGCCCGGCAGAGGCGCUGCCCGCAAACAGUGGCGACCGAGUCACGGUGUCGCGCCUCGAGCCCGUCGACAUGACGGAGGAGCACUCGUACAGUUGCCGGACCGGCAUCUUCGCUGUCAAGCAGCCGGUCUACGUCUGCCCGUUCUGCCCGUUCCAGACGCGGCACCGGAGCGCCUUCGGGCCACACCAGCUGAUGCACACGGGCGAAAAGCCGCACAAGUGCCAGGUGUGCGGCCGCGGCUUCCGCCUGCGCCUCACCCUGCAGACACACAUGCGCACGCACACGGGCGAACGCCCGUACCACUGCGACGUGUGCGAGCGCAGCUUCUCCCUGAAAUGCUCCUAUCAGCUCCACAUGCGCGUGCACACCGGCGAGCGACCGUAUCUCUGCACGACGUGCGACAAGGCGUUCACGUCGCGCGCUUCGCUCAAUCGCCACACGUUGCUACACGGCGGAGAGAAGCCGUUCAAGUGCGACGGCUGCGGCAAGGCGUUUCCCCUUUCGAGCUCGUUGAGGAAUCACAAGUUCCACAAGUGCCGCCCUCAGUUGGCCGACGGGUCACUUUCCAGCGGUGGCGCGAACGACCGCCGCGCCGUUGAAAAACCAUUGGUUGAAUGUUCAGACGCUGCCAACGUUGGCGACAGGCCACUGCUAGACCAUACCCAAGGCUCGGAAGGUUCAAGCGGGGAUGACGGGAUUAUGUAACAAUCUUCAAGCGAAUUUCGAAGAGCAGCAUGCACGCAGACUGGUUCGAAGCAAGCAUUUUAACACAUAUACUGGCGAGUGUCUACAGAUUGAUUCACCAUGUGUUUAAUCUGAUGUUUCAUGUGUAUUGCUGCAGCCUGUUUGUUUCUUAUGUAAUAAACGUUCGAGUGUAAACACAGUAA